AGAGAGGCUAGUUUGCUAUGAAAAGUUCACUCGUGUGUUUUGAUGUUUGUGAUAAUAGCAGAAGACAGGAGGAGGUUAGUGCGAGAUGACAGGCUAGACCCUCGCACUAAACUUACUCUACUUUUAAGGGGCACGCUUUCGUGCAUAUUUCUGUCUCACAUGGAACAGCCAGACGACGCCAGCACUACCACAUCUAAUGACGAUAAAACCGAAGACUUUGGAGACAAUCCUACUAGGGAUACUCUUGCUGACGGUCUAUUAGGUUUGCUAAGGCCUACAAUUGAACAAUUGGAUGAUAGAGUUAAGGCUACCAGAAUAAGCCAAAUAGAACUAAAGCAGCACCUGGAUACCUUAGCUGAAGAAUUGAAGCAAGUAGCAGAACAGCAGACAUGUCCACUGGAUCUUGAAAAAUAUGUUCGGAAACUAACAGAAGCCAAGGCAAAAAUUACAGUUGUGGGUAACAUUUUGCAAUCAUCUCAGGAUCGUCUUAUAAAGCUCACUCAACAAAUAAAUAAAGAACAGAAUCGACGGAAAGCUUUAAUUGAGCCAUCUCCGAGUAUAACACCAAGCUCAACCCCUCUCGAACCAGCUUUGCCUACCAACUGAAUUCGAAAAAAAUAAUUUCUCUCCUUGCACUGAACUUACAAUGGAAGCUGUGCAAAAGACCAUUGACCAAGAA